UUGACGCAUAUACACUCAUGUGCUUCGAAGCCUCCGAUUUCGCUUGAUAUCAAGAUCAAUAUUUUAGCUUUCUAGGGUUCCUGAUUUCGUUAUGUUUAUCUAUAUACUCAUCCAUAGUAUUCUCUUUAUGAUGUCUUUGAAUAGUUUGUUAAUUGUUUUUUGUUUUUUUGGUUGCAAUUAUGUGAUAUCAGUCUCAGCCAUCAAUUGCACAUCUUCCAUGUUUAACAACAAUAUGUGCAUAAAGAAGACUUAUUUAUAUGUUAGAACAAGCAGCCAAUGUGAAAUUCAUUGAAUCCAUUUUUAGAGAUUGAACUUGUUUUUAUCAUACUUAAAAUGCAUUAAAUGGUUCAAUUAUUUCUAUCCGAACCCACCUGGAGCGAUGCUGGGAAUGAUGAAUCUGUUAAGCAGCAGAUAUCUCUGUUAGACAAGCUGCAAAACAUGAUCUGGUCAUUUAUUAUGUCAUGUGGAGGUCGAUCCGAGGCUCGGUUGUGGCUUUGCAACAGUCUUGCAAGCAUAAGUUCUAUGACUCCCCGCCAUCAGCAUGAGCUGUUUGUGAAGAUAUUGAGAUCCAAGCCACCGAAGCGGGCUGUAGCAGCUCAAGUUUUGCAAAUGAUCUUUGAGAAGCAUCCACGCAAAGCAGGGUCUAUCCUAGCCAAGAAAAGUCGUCGGCUUGAGAAUUUUUUUAGAGGACAUCCAAGACGAAUCUUGCAAUGGUUUUCUAAUUUUGCUGGUAGUGGUAAUUUGGGGCACAUAAGAGGUGCUAAGGCACUGUCUCAGUUUGCUUUUGUGAAUCGGGACAUCUGUUGGGAGGAGCUUGAGUGGAUGGGGAAACAUGGGCAAUCUCCUGCCAUGGUUGCUACAAAGCCUCAUUACUUCCUUGAUUUGGAUGUCCAACGAACAGUGGAAAAUUUUAUAGAAAAUGUGCCUGAAUUUUGGUCAUCCAAUGAGUUUGCUGAUUCAUUAGAAGAUGGUGACAUUUUGUUCAUUGACACCAAAUUCUUUGUAGAUUUUUUUGUUGAUUUGAUGUUCAAGGAGGAUGCAAAAGAAGUAUGGGAAGUCAUAAAUGAAUUUCUAAUGGAGGAACCUUUCUCUUCUUUAUGUCACCACCUCCUUAUUAUUCUUGAUGAGCGAGAGUUAUAUGUUUUCUUGGAGUCACUCCGUAAAGUUCUCAAUCCAAAGGUUGAAUCAGUGAAUUUUGGUAACCCAUCAUAUUGGCUUGAGAUUAUACUUUCAAAGUGCAGUGAUUCUGUAUCUAUCGAUCAGCUACUCCUCCUCAAUGCAGUUGUAAGUCAAGGACGGCAGCUUCUGCGGCUUGUAUGUGAAGAAGAGAAUGAGGAGGAAAAAGUUAAAAUCAAAGACAUUGUUGUGCAGGUUUGCACGUGCUCAAGCCACCCCUAUAGUUUGUCCUCAAUAAUGAAAGAAUGCUUCAAGGCAAAGACCAUAGAAUCGGUCAAAUGGUUGGGUUUACAGUCUUGGGCUCUUCAUUAUAGAUUAUCAGAGGAGUGCCAGACUCCUGAGUCCUGGGAAUCACUGUUCAUUGAUAAUGGAAUAAGUUUUCGCAGGCCUGACAAUUAUGAGUUGCUACAUCAUGAUGGAUUCUCAGACGAGUGGGAGUCUGAUUUGGAUGAGAGGGCUUCUGUUAGAGUCAGACGGAAGAAAAAAGAGAAGCGUAGAAAGAAAAGGAGAAAAAACCAUGAUGAUAUUGACAUCUACAACAAUGAGCCACUGGAUCUUGAUAUGUCAAACAACAGGUUGAGCUUGCAAUCUAGGGCUGGCAAUUGGUUGCUUUCUACUGAUGGGUAUUCUAUUUCAUGGAGCAGUGUGGAUUUACCAGAACAUCUGUCAAAGCAUUGCUUUUCUACAUGGAUGAAGUGGAUUUUUGCAAGAUGGAGAACUGAGGCUUAAUUAUUUUGCCAUGGAAUCCUUAAUUCAAAUUCCUUCAUGUUAAAUUCACGAUCAUAUAGAGAAUUACAAAUUUGCUUUGAAUCAGGGUCCAAUCCUCCUUUUUGCCCCUUCUUUUAAAGAAUCUAGAUGAAUGAGAUUGGAUGAGGGCAAAUGGGCAAUAUCAUCUCCCAUUCUGAUAUGGAACUAUGCUGGGAUGGACGAUUCAAAGGUGUGCAUAAAAUUCUUAGGCUAUUAUUCCGAAUUGUACUUAUGAGCUUAAGACACCUCAAGCAGUUAAAACUUAAAAGUAACAUUACUUUAUUGAUUCUGAUAUGCUGGGUGGUGCUAUAGACUCCGUGGCUUCAAUGUGAUUGGCAUCUGGACUUUAGCAGGUGCCAUGCAAAGCCUAGCUUCUUCAGAUGGUGCUUUGGGUUUUUUCAAUGAUUCACAAAAGCUUUGAGUUGUGUGAAUAUUCAGAGGGAAAACUAGAACAUACUUUUUUUUCUUUUUUAUUUGGUCAGUUGAAUAUACAUCUAGUUAUAAACCUUUAUGACCGCAAAGGCAGUAGUUGCAAACAGAAGAUUUUGUAUAUGCAGAGGAAGAAUGCAAGGAGAGUUGAAUAUGACUACUUUUGUGUGGCUACCUCUUUUAUCUGUGAUAUAUUUGUUGUUUUGCAUAUGAGGACCAGUGAUGUGUAGAUUUCAAGAUUUGUAACAGUGAGCCUCGCUGGAAGUUGGGCUUGGGUCAUGGUGGAGUUUAUAGAAAUAAUCAAGGAACUACUACUGCAUUGGUAUUUCAUGCGCCAUCAAGGCUGGAUUUGAAACUUUUUUUAGGGCUCAACUUUUGUUAGGUCUCUAUGCUUAUGCUCUUCAUGUUAGUCUCUGGCAUUGUGCCAUGAAAUUCAGACUUGGAUUUUAGUUGAAUUUUAGAACUUUGAUUAAAAUUUGACUCUA